CUCCGAGCUGCGACAUGGCGAAGAAGAGCGAGAGCAUGACUGCGUCUGCAAAGCGAAUCCAGAAAGAGCUGGCGGAGAUCUCGCUCGAUCCGCCGUGCAACUGUUCGGCGGGCCCAAGGGCGACAACCUCUACGAGUGGGUCUCGACCAUCAUGGGUCCGGCCGACUCGCCCUACGCCGGCGGCAUCUUCUUCCUCGACAUCACAUUCCCGCAAGAGUACCCGUUCAAGCCUCCGCGCGUCGUCUUUCGCACCCGCAUCUACCACUGCAACAUCAACGCCCAGGGCGCCAUCUGUCUCGACGUGCUCAAGGACAACUGGUCGCCGGCUCUCACCAUCUCCAAGGUCCUCCUCUCAGUCUGCUCGCUGCUCACUGACUGCAACCCCAACGACCCGCUUGUCGGCUCGAUUGCCCAGCAGUACCUGUCAGACCGCGAGGCUCACGACAAGAUUGCCGCCGAGUGGACCCGCCGCUACGCCACCUAA